AAGCGCAUGACGUAUCUCGAGCCGUUUCAUAAGCGGAGGCACAACUCUGCUUUCAGGAAGUAUAUAAGAAACGGCGGUUUACUCUCUGGCACCAUUCUCCUCUGCAGAAACUUUAAGGAUGAAAGUCGCGUUGCUUCUUCUGGCCGGCUUGGCGUGCGCGGGGGCGGCGUCCCUCCCCGCCCUUGCGCUCCGCCCGCCCUCUCCUUCGCACCAGCUGGUCCCUGGCGCCGGCCCCGUCAAGCAGCUCCGCCCCGCCCUGCGCCCCGCGCACCGCAGCGCUCGCCUGUCUGGCCAGGCCGCCCCUCGCACCAUCCUCGACACCAUCUUGAGCAUCCUGCACAGCCUCGGCGUCUCCGAUGAGGAAAUUGCGGCAGCUUUGGAUGAGCUGCAGCACCAGAUGGAGAUCGUGAUCGCCGACAUGACCCCCGACGAGAUCCUGGAGGUCCAGCACGCCCUCGACGACAUCCUCAACCAGGUCAACUCCGGCGAGGCCGACAUCAACCAGGUCCUGGUCGACCUGUCCAUCAUCUACACCGACAUUUACCCCCAUCUGACCCCGGGGGCCAGGCUGCCUCGAACAGAUCGUCCAGAUCAUCUUCGACAUCAUCGCCGGAGCCGCGGGAGGCAAGGAGGCUCAGCCCAAGACCAUCCUGGACACCCUCCUCGCCAUCCUCACGCUCGGCUUCACUGACGAGGACAUUGCACAUGCCCUGGAAGAGCUGCAGCACCAGAUGGAGAUCGUGAUCGCCGACAUGACCCCCGACGAGAUCCUGGAGGUCCAGCACGCCCUCGACGACAUCCUCAACCAGGUCAACUCCGGCGAGGCCGACAUCAACCAGGUCCUGGUCGACCUGUCCAUCAUCUACACCG